CACGCUGCGAGACCGGGACGUUACGCGCGCACUCCCGUCUGCAAUCCAGCCGGCGCAAAGGUGUCGUGAGCGCGCCCGCUGUAUUACAUCGCGGAGUGCAGCGCGGUCACGUGACGUGUACUCUGCUGGCAUUUCAGAGACACAACAUCGUUUUAAAAUAAAGACUGAGCCACGCAGAGUUGUUUUUUAGUUUAGUUAAACGGUAUUGCAUACCGGUUUGUAAGGCGUGGAUGAUAAAGUAAGUUACAUUUAUUAUUAUUUAAAUUGAAGUUGAAUUGUUUGCGACGCCCGGGUGAGGCAGAUCCAGACUUUGUUCAGUAAACACGCAAGAAGGCAUGGCGGCAUCAACAAGACCGAGUUCAAUUUAAAAUGUAACAAACUAAACGCGCACCGCGGAAAUCAAUACAAAAUCAGCAGCUACUAAACAGAAUCCCGUGUGCUGCCAUGGACAGUGUGAAGAUGGAAUCUGUCCAGAUUAAAGAGGAGUUCCCUGAACUUGAACCUGUCCCCAGAGUGGAGUUCUCUGAGCUGGCUUCCCUCCCCAUUAAACAGGAGCUUUGUGAGAUGCAAUGUGACAGCAGUCAGCCAGAGGUCUCUGAGAUUAAAGCUGAGCACAAUGAAUUGGAGAUCCCCCAGACAGAAGAACCCCUUCCUGUGAAACAAGAAGAGGUGCUGGAAACUGUCCGUAUUAAACAGGAGCCCUUUGAAGUAGAGUUUGAGCACAUGGAACCAGUGAAGGAAGAAUCCGAGGACUUCAAACCAAACAUCCUUGAGCAGGAGCCUGUACGCCUGCGGGAGUGUAGCGUGGUGCUGGAGAGAAUCUGUGUGAGAGAGCAAGGCGCUGGAGAGGAAGGCUCUCCCAACAGCUUGCAAGGAGGUGGAAAGGAAGACGGGCGCUCCCAUUCAGAAUGCAGUCUAACAGGUUCCAGUCCAGCAGCUAAAGCGAGGGCGGGCGGUGGAGAACAUCCUGACUGUGGGAAAGAUUUCACCCAGUUAGAGCAUUUUAAAACACACCAGCAAACUGAUGCAGAAAAGAAACCAUAUCGCUGCACUUGGUGUGAGAAGAGUUUCAGUCGGUCAGACAGCCUUGUUUUACACCAGAGAAUUCACACAGGAGAGAAACCGUAUCGCUGCUGUGACUGUGGGAAGAGUUUCAGUCAGUCAAACAACCUUGUUUCACACCAGAGAAUUCACACAGGAGAGAAACCGUAUCGCUGCUGUGACUGUGGGAAGAGUUUCAGUCAGUCAAACAACCUUGUUGUCCACCGGCGAACUCACACAAGAGAGAAACUGUAUCGCUGCUCUGACUGUGGGAAGAGUUUCAGUCAGUCAGACAGCCUUGUUUCACACCAGAGAAUUCACACAGGAGAGAAACCGUAUCGCUGCUCUGACUGUGGGAAGAGUUUCAGUCAGUCAAACAACCUUGUUUUACACCAGAGAAUUCACACAGGAGAGAAACCGUAUCGCUGCUCUGACUGUGGGAAGAGUUUCAGUCAGUCAAACAACCUUGUUUUACACCAGAGAAUUCACACAGGAGAGAAACCGUAUCGCUGCUCUGACUGUGGGAAGAGUUUCAGUCAGUCAAACAAACUUGUUGUCCACCGGCGAACUCACACAGGAGAGAAACCGUAUUUCUGCUCUGACUGUGGGAAGAGUUUUAGUCGGUCAGACAGCCUUGUUUCACACCAGCAAAUUCACAGAGGAAAGAAACCGUAUCGCUGCUCUGACUGUGGGAAGAGUUUUAGUCGGUCAGACAGCCUUGUUUCACACCAGCGAACUCACACAGGAGAGAAACCGUAUCGCUGCUCUGACUGUGGAAAGAGUUUCAGUCAGUCAAACAACCUUGUUUUACACCAGCGAAUUCACACAGGAGAGAAACCGUAUCGCUGCUCUGACUGUGGGAAGAGUUUCAGUCAGUCAAACAACCUUGUUGUCCACCGGCGAACUCACACAGGAGAGAAACCGUAUUUCUGCUCUGACUGUGGGAAGAGUUUUAGUCGGUCAGACAGCCUUGUUUCACACCAGCAAAUUCACAGAGGAAAGAAACCGUAUCGGUGCUCUGACUGUGGGAAGAGUUUCAGGUGGUCCAGCGAAUUCACAGAGGAGAGAAACUUUAGGCCAGUUCCAGACAGUGCUCCAGAGGCGUGCCGAACUCAAUUGAAAUGAAGUACGCGUUAGAGCUGCACUUCAUUAGAUUCGAUGAACCAAUUGGCUUCAUACUCGCUCCUGUCAAACAAAUGCACAUAUAACCAUCAUUUGUCUCCUUUUAUUGUUAAAAAAUAAUAAUAAAUAUUAUAUGAAUAUUUAUAUAUGAAAUAUAUUAUAUAAGUAUUAUAUGAAUUAAUCCAUUAUUUGAUUCUGUAAAGGUGUAUGACUGCAUAAAAACACAUUAAGCACCCAAACUCUGAAAACGGUAAAUCGUAGCAAAGGACACACAGAACCCCAUUUUUACAUUAAUGUAAAUUAAGAACAUGCAGUCCUGAAAAACUGUUACAAUAUAUGUUCAUUCACACCCAGUUUGCAAUGAGCUGUCUGGAUCUACCUCUAUUGGAGAUGUGCAUCGCUGCUCCUCCGUGGGCUCUGCCAUGACUGAUGCGGGCGGGUGAUUAGCGUAGCAUUGUGGGAUACACAAUACUGUUUAGCAUUAUUAUUAUUAUUAUUAUUUAUUAGCAGAUGCCCUUAUCCAGGCUGACUUAGAAUUGUUACAAGAUAUCACAUUAUUUUUACAUACAAUUACCCAUUUAUACAGCUGGGUUUUUACUGGAGCAAUCUAGGUAAAGUACCUUGCUCAAGGGUACAGCAGCAGUGUCCCCCACCUGGGAUUGAACGCACGACCCUCCGGUCAGGAGUCCAGAGCCCCAACCAUUACUCCACAAAUCAAUGUUUUCUGAGUGAGCCACACACUAAUUGUUACAAAAAUAAUAUAUAGGUCAUUUUUCCAUGUAAAAAUCAAAUGGUAUAAGAACAUCUAAUUUAAGAAACAAACUUUCAUAAUGAAAAUAUUCAACAGGUAAUUUUGCAAAAAAUAAAUACUCUUACUAAACUCAGUCACACCCCACUAACUAAUACAUAGUUUAGACUAGAGGCUCAGAUACAUCCUCAGUGAUGCAACAGCACUGUAAGCGAUGUCAGUGAAGGGAAAGGGAAAAAAAGACAGAUUUUCAGGCAAACCGUCUGAAGAUUUUCCCAUGGCUAGAGUUUAAUAACGAUAGAGGUCAAAUGAGUUGUUCAGUCUGCAGUGGAGUUUGAACCGCUGUUACCAAACCUGUACAAACAACACAGCUUUGAAGAAAAAAAAAUCGAAAUAGUAACUUUGUCAGGCAAUGGAGAGUGCUGUGCAUCACAAUGAUGAGCAGCUGGAUGUACAUAAUGAUAGAUGUUUACGUUUCAGAGACUUUAUAGAGUUUCACAGUUAUUGAAAUUCACAGUUGCAAUUAAGGAUCUGCAGUUUUGUCAUGGUGCAUUGCUGGACACUCGAUUCAGGAAGAAAAAACUAAACCAACAAACACAGUAUGCUGUUUUUAAGCCUCCACAUUCUAACCCCUUUCGUGAAAGCAAAACUAAUGAUCUAACUAUUGUGUGGUAAUUUUUAGCGUUGGUGUUUUGGUGGCAAUAAUACCGAAUUACAAAACAGCAACGGUCACUGAAAUGUCUAUAAAUGAUCAAUUUAUGUACACUGAAGUUAGAAUGUGUAUUGCAGAGCUGCAUUUUAAAGUAUUGCAAUAUCAUGCCCGUCCUGUCAGAAUUCAAUUUCAUUGUGUCUAACUCAUCCUUUCUGCCGUACUUGACAACUGGGAACUGACUAUUAUUAUUAUUAUUAUUAUUAUUAUUAUUAUUAUUAUUAUUAUUGUCUGGGACGAAUUGCACCCAUUGCUUUCCUGAUCAUCAUGUAAAUCCUAGAACACUUCGCUGCUGAUUUAGACAGCUCUUCUUCCUUGAUGACUUUACUCCUAUAAGAAACUGUCCACAUGUCCCCUCGCCCCCUCCAGCAUUGAAUGCAACCCUGUCAUGUGACCCGUUCCCGUGGUAACAGCUUCAGUGACGUAUGAAGUGGAGCCUGCAGUUAUGUCAUCGAUGCAGGAUCGGCGCGGGGGUGUCAGGCUCUUUGUUUAUUAAAUGAACAGGCAAGCCGGCAUCAACAAGACCGAGUCCAUUUAAAAUAUAACAAUUAAACUAAAAAGGCGCCGGGAUAUCAGUCGAAAUUAAGGUAACGAUGUGUUUUUAUUUAUUUUUAAUGACAACGUAGUUGAGGCCGAGUUCCUUGUUUUAUGUGCAGGCAAAUAAAUAGCGGGCGAUAUACCAGAGUGUGUGAAUAAUUAUAUAUAAUAUUACAAAUUAUACACACACGUGAAUAAAUGAGGGUUCCUGUGUAAAAUCGAUCAAUCAUUAGAUUAACCGGUACAUGUGUAGGUUUACCAGCUCAGCGGUCACUUUAUAAAAUAUCUAAGGAGAUGGUAGAUCGAGCUCUCAUACUUGAGGUAACUGUCUGCCAUCAAUUCACAAAACCAAACCAAACCGCACUCUGCUAACCUGCGUGCACCUCGGCGAGGCGAUGAGUUUAGUGGGGUUUUUUUCUAAGUGGGUUUAAUUUAAUAAAUCACACUUGGUAGCGGCACGAGUUUUGCUGUAGAGAUGUCGUUGUUACCUUACCUAAUGUUUAAAUUGAUUUAAAAUGAAAUCGGGAAAAGACAAGGGGGAUACAAUCUUAAGAAAUAAAAGCAUACAUCUCUCUAAUCAUGUCUGUAUAUAGGACAAAACAUGAAUACAGGGUCUCUGCUAAAUACAUUAAUAAUAAUAAUAAUAAUAAUAAUAAUAAUAAUAAUGAUAAUGAUGAUGCAGUGAAGUUUCGAAAGAUUAAUCAAAUAAUAAUAAUAAAAUCCUAAGGCUGGAGUUAAAGAAAAAAUAUUAACAAUUGUUAAUUUAUCCAAGUACGUAACAGAUUUUCCAGAAAUCUUUUUUUUCCAUUAAGCUCUAUGACGUUCCUUCUGAAUUCACCUCAAAUGCUGUCGCGUUAACUACCAUCUCCUCAGUUAAUUUAUGCAUUGACCGCUGAGCUGGUAAAUCUACACGUUUACUGGCCGAUCUAGAGAUUUACACAUGAAUCUAUCUAUCUAUCUAUCUAUCUAUCUAUCUAUCUAUCUAUAUCAAAUUAGGAGUGGGCAACGAUAUGGACAUUGAAUAUUGUUAUCGUGCAAAAUACAGAAUAUAAUAAGUAAGUCGCCCUGGAUAAGGGCGUCUGCUAAGAAAUAAAUAAUAAUAAUAAUAAUAACACAAUUGCAAUACGGAACAUCCUGUACAGACCUCAACAGAUAUUUACAUAUAAAAAGCUGUAACUUACUUUAAGUUAGUGGUGCUUUGCUUCUCAAUAUCCAUAGAGAUAAACCAAGUCUCGUAAUGUUGGUUUUGCUAUUCCAUCAUCAGUCACCUCUAAACAGAAAUAUUAAUUGAUGUGCUUCAAGCACAGACUUGCAAGCCAACCCAGAAGUAAUUCAAUCUUGCUGCUCUGCGUAUACCCGCGACAUGUCAUGCUGAGUGUUGCAUUAUUUUGAGAUGUUCUGAUGUUUUAAAAAUGUCAUUUAAAUACUGAAAGUUCACAUUUUAAAAAUACAUUAAUAGUGGAAGUAAUCAAAUGGACAAAAUGCAAUGACCUGCUAACGCAUGUGCAUGUCUUAAAAUAAUGCCGUAGUGCAGAAUGCAGCAUUUAAAUAGUGUUUGGUACCUAAACACCAAUCGAUGGAAUAAAAUGGUUAAUACCAUAUUCCUGCCAUUUUAAAAUGUGCCUUUUAAACAUUUUUUUGCUUCUCAAAAAGAGCCUGUGCCUUAAAUUUGAGUUCUAAUGAUGCGUGUAUUAAAAUCGCCACUAAAAGACGUGACUACCCGAGAACACAAACAGCAACGUGACUGACUGCCAAGAAAAGACAACAAAGACAUCUGCCUGAAUACACAAGCAGCACAAACGUGACUUAAUGCUGAGAAAAAACAAACCAAGCUUCCUGAGGAAUUCCAAGAGAAAUGUUUACAAUUUCAGCAUUUCUAACAAACAUAAGAAAGUUUCCAAACGAGAGGAGGCCAUUCGGCCCAUCUUGCUCGUUUGGUUAUUAGGAGCUUAUUGAUCCCAGAACCAGGGUUGGGGUCAAUUCUGAAUGUGUUGGUAAACUCCAAUUUAAUUCAAGAAUUGGAAUUGGAAUUUGAAUUGAAAAAAUCUUCAGGAUAGAGAAUUGGAAUGAAAGGAAAUGGAAUUUAAUUCCAUGAAAUUCCACACAUUUUAAAAAGUCAAAUGCCUCAUUUAUUUUAUACUAUAUACUUUUAUCACUAUAAACAAUACUGAUUGCAACAGCAUUACUAUAUACUUUCAAAUACUGCAUCUUAAGCAUUAUUUUAUUAUUUUUGUUUAUUUAGCAGACGCCUUUAUCCAAGGCGACUUACAGAGACUAGGGUGUGUGAACUAUGCAUCAGCUGCAGAGUCCCUUACAAUUACAUCUCGCGUCUCCCGAAAGACGGAGCACAAGGAUGUUAAGUGACUUGCUCAGGGUCACACAAUGCGUCAGUGGCUGAGGUGGGAUUUGAACCGGGGACCUUCUGGUUACAAGCCCUUUUCUUUAACCACUAGACCACACAGCCCUCAAAGCAUGGCUCAAAGCUUUCAAAACUUUGUUUUUUGCAUUUUUGUAAUGAGAUGGUUAAGAGCUACAGUAGUCCUUAAUUAUUUGUUUUUCUUUAUUCAUCUGUUAUUUAAUCAUUUAGUUUUUCACUCCUAUGUAGUUACAUGCCACUCUAUAUACUACUACAACCCACAAAUAAAU